AUGAGCGGCCGACGCGAUUUCCUGUCUAUGCCUGCGCCCGAGAACUAUGUCGCUGGUCUCGGGCGUGGAGCGACUGGCUUCACCACGCGAAGUGAUCUGGGACCUGCGCGCGAGGGUCCUUCCGAGGAGCAGAUGAAGGAGAUGUUGGCGAAACGCGCGGCCUCACUCGGUCAAGCAGCACCAUCCGCCUAUGGCGUAGUAGAGAAGAAGGAGGAAGAGAAAGAUGAGGAAGAAGAUCGGUUUCAAGACCCGGACAACGAAGUUGGGCUAUUCUCCAGCGGCAUGAACUACGACAAGGAGGACGACGAGGCAGAUCGGAUAUACCAAGAUAUCGACGAUAAGAUGGACAAGCGGCGGAGAGCAAGGAGGGAAGCUCGCGAGCAACAAGAACGAGACGAAUACGAAAAGAACAACCCGAAGAUUCAGCUACAAUUUGCCGACCUAAAACGAGCGCUCGGUAGCGUGACCGAAGAAGAAUGGGCAGCCCUGCCUGAGGUCGGAGAUAUGACGGGAAAGGCAAAACGUGCACGAGAAGCUCGAAUGGCGAACGCGCGAUCGUAUGCUGUACCGGACAGUGUGCUUCAGGCAGCUUCGAAGUCUGGUGAACUCGAAACAUCUAUUUCAUCAAACGACGCCGAUUCAGGUACCAUGACAAACUUCGCGUCGAUCGGAGCCGCACAACUGUCUGCACUCCAGGUGCGCCUAGAUUCUGCAGCGAACACUGGAGGCACGCAGACGACUACAUCAGGCACAGCAACAUCGGUGGAUCCGAAAGGUUAUCUUACAUCCCUGGACAGGAAGCAAGCUAUGGGCGAUGAAGUGCCAGUCGAGGACAUCAACCGUGCGCGAGUGCUGCUUGAAUCAGCGGUCAAAACUAACGUCCAUAACGGACCUGGUUAUGUUGCGCUUGCUCGCUUAGAAGAGGUGGCUGGCAAGAUUCACACUGCGAAGAAGGUCAUCCAGAAAGGUUGCGAUAUGUGUCCGAAGUCAAUUGUUGUGUGGGAAGAGGCCAUCCGGCUGAACAAGGAGAAUGUGCACAACGCGAAGAUCAUAGCAGCGAACGGCAUUAAACUGAAUCCCAAGGCUAUCAAGCUUUGGCAAGCGGCAAUCGAUCUUGAGCAGACACCAGCGGCACGCAAGAAGGUCACCCGACAAGCACUCGAUCACAACCCGCAAUCAGUCGAGCUAUGGAAAACGCUCAUCAACGACACCGAGGACAUUGAGAACGUCAAGCUUCUUUUUGCAAAGGCCACGGAAACUGUACCACUUUCAGAGGAACUUUGGAUCUCCUAUGCGCGAGUCAGUGAUGCGGACGCAGCUCAGCAGGUCCUCAACAAGGCGCGUAAAGCGAUACCUACGAGCUGGGCAAUCUGGGUCCAUGCUUGCAGGUUGCAAGAAGAGCUGGGCAAAGUCGAGAUGUGCGAUCGUAUCAUGGAGCGUGCCGUAAAAGCCUUGAUCAAGGAAAACGCCAUGAUCAAGCGCGAAGAAUGGUUGACGCAAGCCGAGAUAUGCGAAGAGGAAGGGGACAAGGCCACCGCAGCGUCGAUCGUCAAGACUACAAUCGGAUGGGGUCUUGACGAGGACGAUGACCGGCGUGACGUGUGGCUAGAGGAUGCGAAGGGUGUAUCCAGCAGAGGUCGGUACGAAACUGCACGUGCAAUUUUGGGUCACGCAGUCUCAAUAUUCCCAUACUCGACCACUGUCUGGCACGCAUCAGCCGAGCUAGAGAAGCAUCAUGGCAGCACAGAAUCACUUCUUAGUGUUCUCGACCGUGCGGUAAACGCCUGUCCGAACUCGGAGUCUCUAUGGCUGCUCUACGCCAGGGAGAUGUGGGCAUCGGGUGAUCCAGAAGGUGCUCGCCAAGUACUGGGACGCUCUUUUGGUCAGUUGCCGGGCAACGAGAACCUAUACACUCGAGCAGUCGACUUGGAAGUAGACGCCGGCAACUACGAGCAAGCUCGCAGUUUCUUGCAAGCCGCCCGAGAGUCGGCUGCUACCGACCGCAUCUUUAUGAAGUCUGCCGUGCUAGAGCGCCAGUUGGGCAACUACGAAGAUGCAAUCGACAUCUGUAAUCAGGGCCUGCAGAACUGGCCUGGUAGCUGGAAAUUGCACGCCGUCAAGGGCCAGAUCUACGAACAGCUCUCAAAGCUUAAAGAGGCACAAGAGGCCUUUAACAUCGGCACCCGUGCAGCACCGAAGUCUCCGAUCCUCUACAUCCUCCUAUCCCGCAUUCAAGAAAAGCAAGGUGCCGUCGUCAAAGCCCGCUCCACACUCGACCGCGGCAGACAAGCAAACCCCAAGAACCCGGACCUCCUCUGCGAAGCCGUCCGCCUCGAACGCCGCCAAAACAAUAUCCCCGCUGCGCAAAAAGUCAUGGCCACGGCCCUCCAGGAAUGCCCCAACUCAGGCCUCCUCUGGGCAGAGAAAAUCAUGCAUCUCGAAUCCCGCACGCAGCGAAAACCCCGCGCGCUCGAAGCCAUUAAGAAGGUCGAAAAGGAUCCACAGCUCUUCGUCGUUGUCGGGCGCAUCUUCUGGGCUGAGCGCCGGCUCGACAAGGCUGCGACGUGGUUUACCAAGGCUGUCGUGCUGGAUCCGGAUUAUGGUGAUGGAUGGGUCUGGUACUACAAGUUCUUGGAGCAGCAUGGCACCGAGGAGAAGAAGGCCGAGGUGCUGAGUAAAUGUGCCAUGGCGGAGCCGAAGCAUGGAGAGGUGUGGCAGAAGGUUAAUAAAGAUCCGAAGAAUGCGAGGGUCGGGGUCGAGGAGGUGUUGAAGAUUGCGGCGAGCGAGGCGGAGGGUUGA